ACAUACAAAUUUAACACAUUUCAGCCAUUUCCAAACACUGUGGAACAUGCUAAAUGUUAAAUUGAAAAUAAAUUAAAUAUGCUGGGAGAAUGGUAUUCAUUUUAGGUAAUAUUUAUUAUAAUUGAAAACAAUAUUUAUAUAAAUCACAAGCUUUUGUGGGAGUAAGUUUAGUUUCUGUCAUAUAUUUCACUACUGGAAGGACCUUUUUUAACUUCUGUAUAUCCAUAAUCAGUAUGGAUACACCCUCGUUAUCUCAUUUGUCCAAAAUAGAAUAUGACCAUGUGUAUGAACCAGCGGAAGACACUUUCCUCCUCAUUGAUGCAUUAGAGGAAGAUCUGGCAUUGUUGCAAAACAUAAAACCAACUGUGUGUGUUGAGGUGGGGAGUGGCUCUGGAAUUGUAAUCACUGCAGUAGCAAAAGCUCUUGGUAGAACCAGCUUCUAUAUUGCAGUUGACAUUAAUCAGGUCGCAUGCAAAGUGACACAAAAGACUGCACAGUUGAAUGGGACUGAUGUGGAAGUGGUUGCUAUGGAUUUGAUGUCAGGAUUCCACUUGGACAACAAAAUUGAUGUAUUGAUCUUCAAUCCACCAUAUGUUGUAACACCAUCUGAAGAAAUUUUGGGGAACAAAAUGUACGGAGAUCUUACAAGAGCUUGGGCUGGUGGAGAGAGAGGACGAGAAGUUAUGGACCAACUGUUUCCAAAGAUUCCAGAUAUUCUGAGUCGAUGUGGUGUCUUCUACUUGGUUGUAAUUUCAGAAAAUUGUCCUGAAGAUAUAAAGCAUCUCAUGAAUGAUCUGGGUUUUAUUAUGCAUGUUGUUAAGGAGCGUAAGGUCAGAGGUGAAUAUUUACUGGUUUUAAAAUUUACCAGAAAGUAGUAAAUGAGAAAUGUAUAAUAUAUAUAUAUAUGUAUGUAUAUAUUUUAAUAAAGUGUAGUUAAUUACAUA